AUACCUGCAAUGUUUGACCCGAAUUUGCUACUGUGUCGAAAUAUCAUUAUAUAAUUUUUGAAAUGUAUUGCAAAGAAAUUGAAUAAUCUAGUAAAAUCAAGGUUUAUUGGAUCAAAGAGAUGCCAUCUUCAGUUACAUUGUGUCUGCUUGUGUGUUUCACGGCCCUCUCUCAAGGAGACUUAUUUCGGGGGCGUCGUCAUGACAGCGAGAUAAAGAACAGAAAAGGAGAAACGGUUCAUCAAAAGGCUGGUGUACCACUGGCAUUUAACCACGCUAAGAAUGUCUUUAUAAGAACAGGAAUACCAGAAGUUCGUAACCCCGAGGACGUCGAUAUGACCGGGGAUUCGACCUUCCGUGAGGAAGACGAAGAGAUGGAUACCGACGAGGAUUCGGCCGUUUCCGAAGAUGACGAUGACGACGAUGACGACGACCAGGAGGAAGUGAGCAAUAAAGAUAGUGAUAAUAAAAAAAAUCCGGAGGAAUCAGGCCAAGGUUAUGAAAAGAUUGGAGACAUGGGCUCGAAUAACAAAGACGAUGAUGAGGACAGUAAGGGAUCGAAGGAGACAGACUCGUCCGGUGAGGAUAUUAUGAAGGAAUCAUCGGGGAAAAAAGGGAACGACAAGGACUUGCCUAAUCUAGACGGAGAGUUCCCGCCUACUGCUGACGAAGCAAAGUAUCUUCCGAAAGAAGAAGAAUUGACACGGGAACAAGCAGACAGAAAAAUGGCCGACAUAAGAAAAGGUUAUGUUCAGUUUACAAUCAGGCAAAGAUUCAAGCCUGAAUUGAAAUAUAAGGAGUCGGCGGCCUACAAGAUUCUGGCUGGCAAUGUCGCUCAAGACGUUGAAAGGGCACUCAGAGCCACAGGAGUUGUUAGCGAAGUCCUGUUCAGGGAGGCUAAAGAUGUCGGUGGACCACCAUACAGAUCUAAAGUUCAGGUUUUCCUGAAACUUAAAAACGUGAGCGAGAAAAGACUAAAGAAGAUUGUGAAUUAUGGUUUGAUUAACGGGAUGAUUACAAUACCAGGAUCCUUUCAUGCAACAUAAUUUGGGAACUUUUCAGAGCAAGAUGAAGAUAUGGUGAAAUAAAGAGAAAUAUGACUCUAUAUUAAAUAUAAACCAAUACUUUCAUCUGAACUGUUCAAUAUUUUUAGCUGUAUUCAUAAAAAUACGACAGCAGGAUUAUCGUGUAAAUAAUAAAAGAAUGUUUGAGAAUGAAGUAAAAGGUGUUAGGUACAGGAAUG